AAACGUCUUUUGUAACGAAACUUGUGUUUUUUGUAUUAAGAAAAUAAUAAAUUUAUACAUUUUUAACGCGUUGUUGUUGUUGUUGCGUCUCCCGUUCUCGCGUUCCAGUCGGUGAGGGAAAAUCGUUUCCCUGGUUGCAUUGUUUAUCGUUUUCAAUCAUGUUGCAUGUUCUGUGUCCAGCGAAUAAAUGUUGUUUGUGUUGACGGAGAAAAUCACAUCGAUAACCAUAAUAUUGAGACGAAAGAAAGAAAAACAAACGUACCAUAUGCACAAAAAUUUGCUGACAUCCGAAUGACCAAAAAAAUAAAUGAAGUGUUACAGAAGCAAUAAUGUGAUCUCACAAAACAAAAGAAUAAUUAACAAAGUUUGGCGUAUUUUUAGUGAAAAUAUUUAUAUAAAUAAAAAUGAAAUAUAAACCAAAUUUUCGUCUACGGAUGACCAAACAGUUCAAAGAACAUGGACAGUGUGAAAGACAAACAAUUAAUCUAAAAUCAAUGAAUCACUUAUAUUUAGGUCGAAGUGUGUUCGUGAUAGCGACAGUGUUGUUAUUACUACUGCCAGCGAUAGUGAAUUGUGAUAAUAACGUAUUGAAUGAAAUUGACGAUGGUAGUGAGGUGCAUGCCAAAAAUACGCUUACAGAAUUAACGGGCGGCCGUAUUAUCGGCGAAAAAUGGUUGCGACAAAUGGAAAGCCCAUAUUCGCUUGAAACCGAUUUGACAAUCGAACGCAGCGGUAAACUGUUCAUCGAACCAGGUGUUACGGUUCGGGUUGCUCCAAUGGUCGGGAUUAAUGUACGAGGUGUUCUAACUGCACUGGGAAACAUCAAUGAAAAAGUCGUAUUCACAACCCAAAGCGAUUCGGGAUAUAGUGAAACAAUAACAAAUGAACCGAAAAGAUUGGGUGCUCGUUUGGUAGAUGGUCCAUCACCGUUGGCUGGGCGACUUCAAAUUUUCUACGAAAAUAAAUGGCGUUCGGUGUGCACAAACUCCAGAAAUUGGACAAUACCUGAUUACGAGGCGGUGUGUCGUCAAAUGGGUUUCAAAGGUGGCCGAUUUUGGAAUUGGAUCGAACGUUUAUCGAACUAUGAAUCACGUUUGCUGUACGAAGAGCCCAGUUGUCAGGGUACCGAAACUGCAUUAGCCGAAUGUGCAUGGAAUACAAUUCAAAUUGGUUCGGGUGUGUGUGACUAUCACAAUGAUAUCGGUGUUCAAUGUUUGCCAUUGCAUGAGACAUCAACAUCGCAUUGGCGUGGUUUACGCUUUGAAAAUGCACCGUCCGAACAACGUUUAGCACUUGACAAUACCAAUUACGAACAAGCGUCGAUGUCUGAACUGCGAUAUGUGGAUAUCAUAAAAGCUGGCUCGGGUAUGGGUCGCGCGACAAAUGCGGCUAUUGAAGUAUUGGGUGUGCCGCCAUCUAUGAAUUUCGUUACAGUCGAUCGCAGUGCAUACACUGGCAUUAAUAUAACACGACCAGAUGCUGCGUUCACCUUCAACGAAGUAACCGUACAAAAGAGUCGAGGCAUUGGCAUUUUUGUGAAUUCAAGCAAUGGAUUGGCACUAUUCAAUCGUGUUAAAGUUACGGACAAUGGUGAUGAUGGUAUUCGAUAUACCGGACACGAUUUACGUUCAGACGAACGAACCGAUCGAAAUAGUAUUUUUGAUUUUUGUACAUUGCCAACGACAGCCAGUCAAACCUAUCCGAUUUCAUUGUCCAUUCAACAAUCACAAUAUGCAACGGUUUCGAAAGAAUGUUUUAAAUACUUUUUCACACGGCACGGGUAUUUAUUAACGGUGAAUUUCGUACAUUUUGUUGUUGAACGCAAUGAAACUGGAUACAUUGACAUUUUUGAUGGGUCUUCGGCUAGCGAUCGUUUGCUUGCCACAUGGGCCAUACGAAAUUUCACAAGACCACAAAGUUUAACAAGUACACGUGAAAAGGUAUUUAUUCGAUUUCGCGCUGAUGCACGUUCAAAGAUAUUGGGCUAUUUGAAAUUAACAACCGGACCAUUUAAAUCGUACGAUUUGAAUGUUACGAAAUCGGUGAUUUCGAAUAAUGGCGGUCGUGGUAUUGCUGUUGAUUAUAUGAGAUCACAAGUGCACAUACAUGAAAGUGCUGUCAUGAAUAAUGGACAUAUUGCCGGUGUGCAUAUUACAAGUGGUGUGGGUGAUGUGAAUGUAACACAAAGCCGAAUUAGCAUGAAUCAUGGGGAUGGAAUCAACAUCACCUAUUACGGUGGCAAUCGAAACAUUUCGAAAAGUACAAUCACAUCAAAUACCGGCUAUGGAAUUGCCGUUUGGUUGAAUCAUACAUCGGAAACAGAUCGUCAAGAGUUUAUUCAAUUCAAUCAAACAUCCGUUGUUGAGUACUCAACGUUCUAUCGGAAUCUUGAAACGGGAAUUUUGCAUGGAAAUUAUUGCAGCAAUCAUUGGGUCAACAUAACUGGUAAUAAAUUUAACGAUAGCACAUCGAAUUCCAUUGAUAUUCAAUCGUGUUGGUUUGCAACGGAUAACAAUGAAAAAUUGAAAUUACAAAUCGGACACAAUGUAUUUGAAAACGACAAUAAAAUCGGUAUUGUCAUUAAUCCAGCGUUAAAUUUAGACGGAAAUAUUGAAUACAAUCAUUUUCAAUAUGGAAAAUAUGGAUCGUUACUCAUAAGAAAUAAACAGCUUGACGAAUUUCGACUAUUACCCGUCCGAUUGACAAUUCAUCAUAAUCAAUUUUUUAAAAAUCAAGGAAUUUACGUGGCAUCAUUGGGUUUGACACCGUACAGUGACAGAGACAUCCAAUAUUUAUUGUUUACACGGAACUUUGUGCGAAUGAAUAAAAUUAGCGAGCCAUUCAUGAGUUCAGACGACGAUGAUAGUUUAUUCGGUGAGAAUCGUUUGUCGCCACGAUCUCGUGUCGCUGCACCGGUUGUCAUUUCGUCAAGCAAUGUUGAAAUAUUCCGAAAUAUUCUAAACAACAGAGAAUCACGAUACGAAGUGGGUUCACAAGUGUCCGAUCAAAGUAAAAUUCUAAAUGUAACAUACAAUUGGCUGGGUCACAAAGACGAAGAGCAAAUUUUCCAUCGGCUAUUCCAUCGAAAAGAUCGAUACGAUUUGGCGAAAAUUGAAUAUUCACCAUAUCUUUUGCACAAUUCAAAUCCGGGUGCGAAUACGAUAAUGGCAAUUCAGACAUUUGUGCCGCGAUUUUUCACCGAAGGCUCAGAUGUGGUGGGCGGUGAAGUCGAUGGACAAGAGAUUUUACAACCCGGCACCUAUACAGUUGAUCGCGAUAUAAAUAUUCGACCGGGUGGCAAAUUAACUUUAAGUCCAGGUGUAACGCUUAAUUUUGCACCCGGUGUUGGUAUGAUGGUUUCAGGCAAAUUAGAAGCGAGAGGCCGAAAUCCAGAUGACAUUAUGUUUACAUUGAAACGAACACCGGUUGUUACAUUCGAAAAUGAAACGACCGACGCAAAUAUCACCGAUAUGGAUACAGAAGCAGUUGUUAUUGUUGAACAAAAGCCAAAUGUUCCGAUUCGUUUGUUGGGCGGAACAUCUGAAAUGGAAGGACGAUUACAAGUGUAUUUGAAUGGAAAAUGGGGUACUGUUUGUGACUAUGGAUGGAAUAUAAUAAAUGCUGCAUUGGUGUGUCAUCAAUUGGGCUACGCUUUGAAUCCAGACGAUUGGCAAUUGGAGCGUUCUGAAUUACCAAAUGCUGGCAUAUCAGAAGAUGUAAUUUUAUCGCAUGUUCGUUGCACUGAACAUGACAUUGAUAUUACAAAAUGUCGAGCAGAGCGUGCGGCAAACAAAGAGUUCGUGAAUUCGUGUUCGCAUGCACAAGAUGUUGGCAUUCGUUGUUAUGAAGGCGCAUGGGCUGGUGUUCGUUUUGGUGUAUUGGCUGAAUCAACCGAUUUACAAUAUGUUACCAUUGAAAAAGCCGGCCUCUUUGAUUAUGCAUCGAAUACAUUCAAGCCAGCACUACAAAUGGAUUUUGCUAGACAUAAUUUGGAAAAUGUUCGCAUCGUCAAUAAUUUACAAGAUGGUCUUGGUGUUGUGUAUUCGGACAUUUACGGUGCAUCAAUAAAUAAUGUGAAAAACUCUGAAUUUUCAACGAAUCGAGGCAGUGGCAUCAGUUUGAAGCAACUUGGAUUGCGUGUUCAAGGUUCCGUUAUCAAAGAUAAUUAUGGUCCGGGAAUAAUUCACACACCGGUUAUUUCGGCAAUUGAACAACGUGAAUUGGCUGGCUGGUUUCAAAUGGCACCCGAUUUCAACAUUCACGAUUCGGAUUAUCAUCCGUAUGUGUUGCCACGAGAUGAUUUGAGUGACAUAAAUGUGGACAUUUGGACAAAGAAAUAUCUGCUUACCGCACGCGUAAAUGACGGUCAACCGUCAAUUGAACGUACAAUUAAUAUUCGAUGUGCGCCGGGCUAUGUGAUUGGUUUUCAAUUGCUCAAUCCCAUUCAAAAUGGAUCAACCGAAAAUAUUUGGAUAUACGAUUCGCAAACGCCAAGCAACAAUUCAAAUGUCUAUGAAAUGAAACGUGAUUUAACCGUAUUUCCGGUGACAAGCAGCAGUUAUGGUGUUAUGCUACGCUACAGCAGUGGAACGAAUGCGUUUGGCGGUGUUGUUUUGGUUAUAUCAAGUAUAACAGCACCGGUGCAAAACAUUUACAAUCGCAUUGUAUGCGGACCGGUACCAACGUUGUAUGUUACAUCGACAAAAAUUCAACGAAAUCAAAAAGGUAUCAUGGCCACCUAUUAUAAUCGGUAUUUAGGUGAUCGAGCCGAACAUUUUAUGCGCAAAGCAAACGAAUCAAUAAAACUCACACACUGUGAAAUCAGUCACAAUAGAGAAGAGGCAAUUUUUGUGCUGUCACCAUUUUGGGAUGUUCAUGUCAGUAACAUUUCCGAAAUAACAAUUCAUUUGAAUAAUUCGCUGGUGAUCAGCAAUGGACGCGGUAUUCGACAGUAUUCAAAAGAUUUACGUUCAUCAAAUAAUCUCUUCCAUUAUGUGAUCCAAGGAACAACAUUCGAAGAUAAUUUAAAUGGUGGAUUUGAUAUUAGUUUACCGUAUGUUUGGCAAUACAAUGAAAAUUUUACGCAUUCAAUUUAUUUGGGCAACGACACAUGGAUACGAAAUAAAAAUUUUGGCAUUCAAAUUGCUGGUCAUUUUGCCGUUGCUAAUAUAACGGGAAAUACGUUCCGUGAAAAUGAAUGCUUAAGUGGUCUAAUCGGAUUUCGUGGCAUGGAGAAGAAAUUACGCAUUGAUGGUAAUAUUGUUAGCAACAAUAAUGCACGGUAUGUGAUUCAAUUCCGUGCCGAUUCGUUGAGCGAAAUUCUUGGUGAAGUGUUUGCCAUUUUUGCAUACAAUAAGAUUGCAAAUAAUCGAUUUGAUGGUGAAACACGACAACGAAAUCUUCAACCUUCGGUAGUGGCUGGUUUUAAAUACAAUCGAUGGAUUGCUGAUCGAAAUCCAACGUGUGUGAUUUGCUUUAAUGGCAUUCAAAAAGUGCGCAUCUAUCGAAAUUUAUUGACCGACAAUAAAUUGCAAUACGAUUUGCUGGCAGGCGUUCGUUCGGCACGUUUACAUAAUUUCUUGGAUGCGACCGAAAAUUGGUGGGGCUCCACCGAUGUUAAUUACAUUUUAUCGAAAAUCUUUGAUUUUGAUGAUUGGAAUAAUCAUGCAGAGGUACUGUUUCGACCGUAUUUGGUGGAAAAUAAUUUUGAUGGCAGUCUAUCGCCGUCGAUUGUCGAACGAAAACAAAUCGAUAUUGAUCAUUUGGGCGGAAGAAUAUUCAAAGAUUUGACAUUGUAUCGACGCGGUGUUCCAUAUGUUGUUAAUUCGGAUAUUACAGUGAUGCCAGGUGUUACGAUGACCAUUCAUGCCGGUGCUGAAUUCGAAUUUGCCGAAAAUGUUGGCAUCCUGGUUUUGGGCACAUUAAUUGCACGUGGUUAUCCAGAUGGUCGAAUUAAAAUGAGAAGUCAACAGCCCUCUGAAUCGCAAGAUCAUCAAUUCAAAGCUGAACCACAAAUGGACGACAAUCGUAACGACUUGGAUUCGAUUCGGUUGUGUAAAAACGGAAAUUGUUCGAAUGAGCACAACGAUGUGUUGCCAAUUACCGAAGGCUUUUUAGAAUAUUUCAAUCACACAACAUUACAAUGGGUUCCAAUUUGUGAUCGACGCUUCACCGAACGAAAUGCACAAGUUGUGUGCCGUGAGUUGGGUUUCAACUAUUUGGAUGUAUAUUUCAAUCAUGAUCAACGCUUGGAAUAUCAUACAAAUUCAUUAACACGAAUUUGGUCAUGGGUUCAGCCGCUCGAGUGCAAAGGUGACGAACCAAAGUUCAGUCGAUGCGUUGAACGAUUGAAUGGACAACUGUAUGGUCAUCGACACGAAUGUAAAUGGCACGAUAAAUUUGUGUUUGUCAGUUGCAAUGGAAAUGCAGAUGGUCGCAAAUAUUGGGGUGGCAUUCGUUUUGCACAUUCAGAUUUCGAGCAUAGUACAUAUGAACAUCGUAUUCACGACAUUCAUACGCACACCACAAUCCGAAAAGGCGAGAGUUUCCUCGAAUUCAUUGACAUCGAUUCGGCUGGUAUGCUGCAUGGUGAAAAAUCCGCUUCAAUUCAAACGAUUUUUAAAGCGCCAAUCAUAAAUUCCAUUACAAUAACGAAUGGUGCUCAUCAUGGUGUGAAUUUGGUGUCGCCCAGUGAUACGAUGCACUUGAAAUUAUUGAAAAUAAACAAUGUUUUGGGUCAUGGAAUAAAUGCCGUUUCGUUGACUGGGGAAGGUCGUGAAAGUGAUGAAUCGAGCUUUGCACCGCUUAAAUCUUUAGAAUUACCCUAUCACCUAUUUUCACUUAUCGAUAUUUGUGACAAUAGCAAAGAAAUUGUCAUCGAAGAGCGUGUUAUUUUGUACUACAAAUACGACAACGAUCCAGUUAAUUGUGUCAAAAUAUUCAAUAGCGCUUAUCGCGUUAAACCAAUCGGAUUCCGUUUGUUGCAAUCGAAUCUAUUCAAUCAUUCGAAAUUGUAUGGAAGACGUGAUUCAAUACAUUUAUUCGAUGGUGACUUGUACAAUCUGACGGCAACGCAUAUUGAUACAAUCGAAGCUGAUAGCAAUAAUGAAAAACGUUUGUUCCGUACAAAUGGGCCAAUUUUAAGUGUUCGAUUGGUUGCGAGCGGAGCUCCAUCUACACAUGGUUUCUUUGCUGAAGUUGUUACACUGCCCGCAUCUGCCAUUGGUUUUAAUCGUGAUGCGCAACAUAAUAUAUCGCUGUCAGAAAUAUCGGGUGCCGUUGGAGGUGCAUUAACCUAUGUAACAGCCGGUGAAAUAUCACCAUUAUUAACACUUGAAAAUAAUCGCUUCAUCAAUAAUUGUCGAAAACUAUAUGGAAAUUUUUCGACUUGUGAAGCUGCCAUCAAAUUAGACGUACAAAAUAUGCAAACAUUCCAUUUUCAAAACAAUUUGAUGAAGGGGAAUCAAGGUGGAAUCAUGAUAAAUGCCGACUCACGAGGUUCGGCAACAUCAUUGCGCGCCUACAUUCAUCACAGUUUAUUCGUUGAUAAUAAUAAUCGACCGAGUUUAUUAAUGGAAGGCAGACAAUCAUCGCCCUAUCAAGAGGUCACAAUAUUCAAAAAUUAUUUCUCACAAAAUAAAGCGGGAUACGCUGAUGUCAUUGCACUUCGACAAGUUGUGUCGAAUUUUAGCUACAACUAUGUGCAUAGUAAUCGCGGUGGACGAAUCAUUGAAAUUUCUGGAUUUGACAAAGUUCGAUUGCCCAUUUAUCAGACCACUACUCACAAUGGUUUCUAUGAUAAUGUUGCAACCGAUUGGCAUGGUCGAGCCACAAUCGUUGCGGGCACAGCAGGUCAACAAUAUGUGGAUAAUAUCUUUUACAAUCCAGACAAUGACUACGAAAUGAUCACGGUCAAUCGAUCAAUAUUUGAAUUCCAGUUUUGGAACAGUACGGUGGAUUUGUGGAAAACAAGAAUUGAUGCGGCGCAUAAUUAUUGGAGUUACAAUGAUACGUUGGCUGUAAGUGGCCGAAUUCGGGAUAAAUCAGACGAUCCUCUUUUGCUCGAGGUGAAUUAUAUGCCAUAUCAAUUGAACAAUAAAACCAUUUUGGAUGAGAAAUGUCCGCCGGGAUGGUCGCUGAUUUUGGACACAUGUUACAUCUAUGUUGGUGCGCCAAUGACCUUUUUCGAGGCGCGUGAAUUCUGUCGAUCGGAUAACGCAACAAUGCCAUUCAUUCGUGGAUCAAACGAUAUUUUAUGGUUAUACUUACAAAGGCAAAUGACGCACUUGCGAUACCCUGAAAAGAUAUGGAUUCAAGAUUUAAAUCAUUUGGAACAAUGCACCAGUUUUAUUUAUCGAAGCAUUGAAAUCGAUGACUGCGACAAUAAGCGUGGUUUCGUUUGUGAAAUUGAUCCGAGGGUUACGCUCUCGCCAUUGUCUUGGCAAACAGACAUCGCUGCCGUUGUUAUGAUUAGUGCUUUAAUUUUGGCCAUUCUUUUAUUGUUUUUGUGUUUAUUUUGUUGGUGCUCAAAAUCACAUCAUCGGCACAUGCAGCGUUUGGAACGUCGUAAUAGUAUUCGCCAAAGUUUACGCAGUCUAAAUGCAAUCGAUCCGCAAGGUUCAUUGCGUCGUCGAAACUAUAGCAUGACAAGAUCGACCGAUACUUUGACGAAAUCAAUAAUAACAACGCCGGAUUUGAAGAAGAUGAUGUCAAAGGGAUCGAUUGAUUCAAUGGACAAGAGUGUCAUAAGUUCAAAUCCAAGUUUGGGCGGAUACGAUAAUCAAAAUAUGCAACAAAGAUAUGUUACACAAAAGAACAAAUAUAGUCCCACCAAUUCGGAUAGUACAACAACAAAGAAGGAUUCAACAUAUGAUCCAAAAUUGACGAAUGCACCGUCGUACGAUCCAUACGGUCAAAAUUUCGAAUUAUCAUACCGAAAUGAAGGUUUCCGUGAUAAUUCAACGUUUACCACGCGCAAUAAUUCAUACGGUACAAAUAUAAAUGACGACACACCCAUCGUACACCACACCGAUAUGGAUGAUUCGGUUUCCGAUUACUACGGAAAAUCGAGCACAUUGCCAAUGCAACCACGAAACAAUGAUAAUUUAUCAUUUUUAAGCGAACUUAAACACCAACUACCCGAAUAUGAACACUUAAAUUCGGGACAUAGCAGUUUCUUAGCAUCACACGAUCAACCACCAAAUUCAUUUCAAUCAUUUUCACAAGAAAAAAAGAGCAGCGCAUCACAUUCACCGAAACAUGAGACACAAUCGAAAUCAGAUGGGAAAAAACCAAAUGAUUAUGCACAGCCGAGCAUUCGCAUGAUUGAUCAUGACACCCGUCGACCAAAUUCAUAUUAUACAGCGAUGAAAAAUGCACGUGAUUCCAAAAAUGUCGCACACAUUUCGACAUCGAAUCGACGACCCAAAGCUGUAUACCAAUCGUCAUCUGUUUAUGAUAAACCAAUCAUCAAUCUCAGAUCCAAAUCAGAGGCACUGCUCGAAGCGAAUUUUGACGAAACUGCCGCCACACUCGAUCAAAAAAUGAAAAGUGAUAAUAAAAGCUACAGCCAACCAAUGGAGACUGCUAUGUAAAAUUUAAUUCUAAGCAUUAGAAUCGUUGAUAAGCUAAACAGAUAACUCGAAUCAUACACUCAUCAAUAUCCGUCUAACAUUUACUUAAACGCAUUUCAUCGAAUCGAAACGAAUUUAGUGUUUUAGAGUCAGAUAAAGACAAAGCGAAUUAUUUUAUGAUAUUGAUAAGCGAACGGAUAAAUUAAACAAAAAUCGAACGAAUGAGAUAGAAUGCUAUAUUUUCAGU